GGAUGGUGCUCAGGGCGGAGGGCAGCGUGCCCAGUGACCUGACCCCGGAGGAGUGCCAGGAGCUGGAGAACAUCCGCCGCCGCAAGCAGGAGCUGCUGGCUGACAUACAGAGGCUGAAAGAUGAGAUAGCAGAAGUGACGAAUGAGAUCGAGAACCUGGGGUCCACGGAGGAGAGGAAAAACAUGCAGAGGAACAAGCAGGUGGCGAUGGGCAGGAAGAAGUUCAACAUGGAUCCCAAGAAGGGCAUCCAGUUCCUGAUCGAAAAUGACCUGCUGAAGAACACGUGCGAGGAUAUCGCUCAGUUCCUUUACAAGGGAGAGGGCCUCAACAAGACAGCCAUCGGUGACUACCUGGGCGAGAGGGAUGAAUUCAACAUCCAAGUCCUGCAUGCCUUUGUGGAGCUGCAUGAGUUCACUGACCUCAACCUCGUGCAGGCCCUGCGGCAGUUCCUGUGGAGCUUCCGGCUGCCUGGGGAGGCGCAGAAGAUCGACCGGAUGAUGGAGGCCUUUGCCCAGCGGUACUGCCAGUGCAACCCUGGCGUCUUCCAGUCCACAGACACCUGCUACGUACUCUCCUUCGCUAUCAUCAUGCUGAACACCAGCCUGCACAACCCCAACGUCAAGGACAAACCCACAGCAGAACGCUUCAUCGCCAUGAACCGCGGCAUCAACGACGGGGGGGACCUACCUGAGGAGCUGCUCCGGAAUCUCUAUGAAAGCAUCAAAAAUGAACCCUUCAAAAUCCCUGAGGACGAUGGCAAUGACCUCACCCACACGUUCUUCAACCCCGACCGGGAGGGCUGGCUCCUGAAGCUAGGAGGCAGGGUGAAGACGUGGAAGCGACGUUGGUUCAUCCUGACUGACAACUGCCUUUACUACUUUGAGUACACAACGGAUAAAGAGCCCCGUGGCAUCAUCCCCCUGGAGAACCUGAGCAUCCGCGAGGUGGAGGACUCGAAGAAGCCCAACUGCUUUGAGCUCUACAUCCCCGACAACAAGGACCAGGUGAUCAAGGCCUGCAAGACGGAGGCGGAUGGGCGCGUGGUGGAGGGGAAUCACACGGUGUACCGCAUCUCCGCCCCCACGCCUGAGGAGAAGGAGGAGUGGAUCAAGUGCAUCAAGGCAGCAAUCAGCCGGGACCCCUUCUACGAGAUGCUGGCCGCCAGGAAGAAGAAGGUGUCCUCCACCAAGAGACACUAGCAGCCUCCCCUGGCGCUGCGAGGCUGGCAUGCCCCUGGCAGCCCGAGCAUCUCCCCUCCCUGGAGAGCUGUGGGGCUGGGGCUGUGCUGCAGCCUGGCCCUCGGGGCCCAGGACCCAGCUUCGCAGUUUCUUUACCUUGGGGAGAGGGAGGGGGCACAGGUGCCUCGGUGGCUCUGGCCUCCACAUCACUGCCUCAUCUCCAGGACAGCAUCUUCAUGGGCUGGAGCUGGGACAGCGACACCCCUGGGCGCGGGGAGCUGUGUCCUGUCCCAGGCUUGGCUGCAGGAUGGGGAGUGCCAUGUGUGUGUACCGUCCUCCCCUCCCGCCUCAGCCAGCUGUGGCCAGGCAGUAGGGCACCAUGGGUGCUCUCCCUGCUCCCGAUUCUCCCCUAGCAAACGUGCAGCCGCACGUGCUGCUUGGGUCCCCCCCAGCAUCCACGUCCUGAAGCACUUGGGGUGUUCCGUCAGGAAGGUGAACAGCUGACGGUUAGCAGCUCGCGGUUUUGGGGUGCUGCAGGCGCUGGGGUGAAGGGCAGCAGCCCCGGGGCAGCUGGGGGGUGGCCCAGUGGAGGCAUGACUCCUGGCCCUCGUUGUAGCGGGCCUGGGUCUGUCCUGGGCUUCCCCACAUUGCUGCCUUGGACCUUCCCAGCUGUCCCCUGCACCAGGGACGGUCCCCACAGGUGCAGGGAGGGUUGACGGACAGGGAGUUGUCACCAUCACGGUGUGCAGUGGUGCCACAUGGGGCACAGACAUGUCCUUGCCCAGCUGUGGGGUGCCAGAGCUCGGAUGAGGGCUCUGGUCCGGCAGCACCAGGUGGCAUUGCCCCUGGCAUGUCCUUGCAGCACGAUCCCCUCAGAGAGGGGCAGGGGAGACUGUGCCAGGUGUGGCUGUCGUCUUCUCAAGCACAAGCCCCCACUCCCAAGCAGGUGGUGAGAUAUGCCCAGAGCCUGUGCCAGGGACGACUGCUGUUGAGGGGUCUGGCUGGGCUGGGGGCUGCAGUGCCCCUGCCUCUGCCUUGCAAACACCCGUGUCUUGUCCUGUUCCCCCGGCCACUGUGGAUGGUCUGGAGAGAGGCACCUGGAUCAGUAUUAGUCUAUUUAUCAGAGGUGUAAAUACUCCUGUAUAGUUUUCUCCUUUUAGAUUAUUUUGUAUGUCGGGUUGUUCUGUGCAGAGGCCUCUCUGGAGGGCGGGGGGUGGCAGGAUUUUUUAUUCUAAUCUCUUUUUGGUUUUUUUUGCCACGGCCUUGUAAACUAGUGCUGAGGAUCUGCAGCAAAUAAACAUCGAACCACGCUUA